AACACCACAUGACUGAUCAGAGAAAGGAAGGAAAAAGAGGCGUUUGUUUUCGACACGGAGACAGCCCGGCAUCGCGCGGCGCUGCUUCUCACUCGGUGUUCUCUCCUCCGCCGGGCUGAGAGAAGCCUGAAAGAGGAGCAGCGAGACGACGAGAAGGAACGGAGCACCAACAUGGACCCGACGCUGCUGUGGCUCGCGUGGGCUCUGGUGGCUUUCCACGCGGCUCCUGUCCGGAGCCUCAACGGCGACGAGGACCAGACCCAGGACACCGACUGCAAGAUGAAGAGCGUCACCGUGUCGGCGCUGCCGUUUCUGAGGGAAAACGACCUGAGCAUCAUGCACAGUCCGUCGGCCUCCGAGCCCAAGCUGCUGUUCUCGGUCAGGAACGACUUUCCCGGGGACGUGGUGGUUGUGGACGACCUGGAAAACACCGAGCUGCCAUUUUUUGUCCUGGAGAUCUCUGGGAACUCAGAAGACAUCCCUCUCGUGCGCUGGCGUCAGCAGUGGCUGGAGAACGGCACUCUGCUCUUCCACAUCCACCAUCAGGAUGGCAGCCUGAGCCUGCCAGAGCCCACUGAAGACCCGGCAAAUGACUCUACAAAAGAAGAGCUGCGCAUUCUGCACAUCUCUGUGAUGGGUGGAAUGAUCGCCCUUCUGCUGUCAGUCCUGUGCCUUGUCCUGAUCCUGUAUACUCGCAGGCGGUGGUGUAAACGCCGCCGCAUCCCUCAGCCUCAGAAGAGUGCCAGCGCUGAGGCAGCCAAUGAGAUUCACUAUAUCCCAUCGGUGCUGAUGGGAGGUCAGGCCCGCGAAAGCUUAAGGAAUUCUCGGGGUCAAGGGCCGAACUCCAGUGGCACCCUCAGCAUUCGAGAGACACCAAUUCUGGACGGGUAUGAAUAUGACAUUACUGACCUGCGCCACCAUCUUCAGCGGGAGUGUAUGAAUGGUGGAGAGGAGUUUUCCAGCCAGGUCACCCGCACCCUGGACUCCCUGCAGGGCUGUAACGACAAGAAUAAUAUGGACCUUACUCCAGUGACUGACAACACCAAACUGGCCCUGAUGAACAAAUACAAGGACAACAUCAUCGCCAUGAGCCCCAUCGACAGCAACCACCAGCAGAACACACUGCUUCCCCACAACACCUCCACCAGCCAGCGGAAACGCCUCUCCAGCAACACCCGUGCGGGUUCAACUUUCUUGAACCCAGAUGGGGACUCUGGGACGGAGGCAGACAGCGAGCCUCAGCUGGCCUUUUACACCGAUCCAAACCGCAGUCGGCGCCGGAGUCGAGGUAUGAGAAAUGGUAACGCCAACAGCGCUUGGGGCUCUGGGGCAGCAGGAUCUCCACGGAGUCCCAUCAAUAAGACCACCUUGACUCUGAUCAGCGUCAUUAGCUGCGUGACCGGCCUGGUGUACUCAUCCCACCUGUCCUGCAACCUCUCGGUUCGAGUAAUUCUCCAUGUGCCGGAGCACCUCAUCGCUGACGGAUCCAGGUUCAUUUUGCUGCAAGGCAGUCAGUUGGAUGCCUCAGACUGGCUCAACCCGGCCCAGAUCUUGUUGUAUUACCAGCAGAAUGCUAGCGGACCUUGGGUUAACGAGUUGUGUGGACGUCGCCUGCUUGAUCCCUGUGAGCACCAGUGUGAGCCAGAGACAGGGGAAUGCCUGUGUCUAGACGGUUACAUGAAGGAUCCAGUCCACAAGCAUCUCUGCAUCCGCAGUGAGUGGGGACCUAAUCAAGGGCCUUGGCCUUACACCAUCUUCCAACGUGGUUUUGAUCUUGUAAUGGGAGAGCAACCGUCUGAUCGCAUUUUCAGAUUCACGUACACUCUCGGGGAAGGAAUGUGGCUCCCAUUGAGUAAAAGCUUUGUCAUCCCCCCAGCUGAGCUCGCCAUCAACCCAUCAGCCAAAUGCAAAACGGAUAUGACAGUGAUGGAGGACGCGGUAGAUGUAAGAGAAGAGUUGAUGAUCAGUUCCUCCUUUGACUCUUUGGAAGUCCUCCUGGACUCUUUUGGACCUGUCAGAGACUGCUCCAAAGACAACGGAGGCUGCAGCCGCAACUUCCGCUGCAUUUCCGACCGAAAGCUGGAUUCCACUGGAUGUGUGUGCCCUCCAGGGCUGAGUCCAAUGAAGGAUGGGACCGGGUGCUAUGACCACCACAUUGGCAUCGACUGCUCGGAUGGCUUUAAUGGCGGAUGUGAGCAGCUGUGUCUCCAACAGCUGGCCCCUCUAGAGGAUGACCCGACGCUCUACAACAUCCAGAUGUUCUGCGGGUGCAUUGAGGACUACAAGCGCGGCCCUGAUGGGAGGUCCUGCCUGCCGCUGUCUGAAGCCUGCACUGAGGGGAUAGACUGUGGCGAAGCAGCAGACAUCCCAGCUAACCAGACUGUCUUCGGAGACCUUUUCUACGGAUACAACAACCACACCAGAGAGAGCACCCCUGGACAGAUCCUAAAGGCCACUUUCAGGCAGAAGAACUUUGCCAGAGGCAUUGAGCAGCAGCUCCCAGAUGGUAUGGUGGUAGCAUCAGUGCCAACAGAGGUUCAGUGCCACGAGGAGCUGUCAGACCCCGUGCCUGACCCUGAAUACCUCACAGGCAUGGUGAACUACAGCGAGGUGUCUGGCUAUCCCCUCGUUCAGCACUGGAAUAUCCGUUCCGUCCUAUACCAUGUCAAGCUCAAUCAGUGGGUCUUGUCUCAAGCUUUUAGCUCAGCCAUCCAUUCUCUAGACGGGGCAACGCAGCGGAGCGACUUUGUCGCUAUACUCAAGGAGUUUGGGAACCAUUAUGUGCAGGAGGCAGUCUAUGGCUUCCAGGAGUCCUGUACCAUCUGGUACCCCAACAAACAGGUCCAGAGGCAGCUUUGGCUGGAGUACCAGGACAUUAGCAAAGGUAACUCGCCUUCAGAGGAGUCAGAAGAGCGAGACAAAGAGCCCAGGACUCUCACCUAUCCUGCCUACAUAGCCAGCCUGCUGGAUACAGGCGCUAAACGUAUGACCGCCGGCGUCCGAAUGGACUGCAGCAGCCAGGGUCAGUGCCCCCGCUCCUGCCACCUCUGCCACAUGAGCCCAAGAGCGGCGCAGGGCCGGCAGCAGUCCGAACCCGUCCUCCUGAAAAUCACCAAGGCUGCUCCCAUCUACGAGCUGGUGUCCAACAAUGAGACCUAUCAGGCUCUCCAGGAGGCAAUGAUGAGCAUGCUGUGGUGCUCAGGCAAAGGCGAUGUUAUUGACGACUGGUGUCGAUGUGAUUCCAGCGCCUUCGGCACGGACGGGCUGCCCACUUGCGCCCCACUUCCUCAGCCUGUCCUGAAGCUGUCUUACACCUACGAGCCCAGCAGCUCAUUGGUCAUCAUGGAGUGGAAUCACACCGAGCCACCAAUCGGAGUGCGGAUAGUCGAUUACCUCAUCAGCCAGGAGAAGGUGACAGAGAGGAGCGACCACUCCAAAGUUGAGACAGAAACCCUACUGAGCUUUGUGGAUGACAUCCUGUCUGGCGCCCGGUCUCCAUGUGUGAUGUUGGGGGACGUUCCUAACCUGCUGUCCUCUUCCAUCAGUAUGAUCAUUCGCUGUUUGGAGCCUGACGCCACAUACAUGUUCCGGCUGUGGGCUGUAGACAAUACAGGACGCCGCUCCAGUCCAAGUGAGGUCACAAUCAAAACUCCAUGUCCAACUGUGGAUGAUGUCAAAGCACAAGAAAUCGCAGACAAGAUUUAUAACUUGUUCAACGGCUACACCAGCGGGAAAGAGCAGCAGACAGCUUACAACACUCUGAUGGAUUUGGGGGCUCCCACCCUGCACCGCGUGCUCUACCACUACAACCAGCGCUACGAAAGCUUCGGGGAGUUCACCUGGAGGUGUGAGGAUGAGCUGGGACCAAGGAAAGCUGGACUGAUUCUCUCCCAGCUGGAUGAGCUGUCGCCGUGGUGCAAAGGCCUCCUGCAGGAGCCAAAGAUUGGCCUUCGCAGGAUGUCCCUGAAGUUCCUCUCGUGCCGUUACACUGACACUAAAGCCUUCGGGCUCCAUUGGUCCGACAUGGGCCAGGACAUUCACAAGGCCUGCGACGAGCAGACGCUGACAGUCAUGUACAAUGACUACGGCGAGGCCAGGGAGCUUUAAAGGUUUGAGCUUUUUUCUUUGUUUUUUUUGUUUUUUGUUUUUUUCGAGGGGAUUUGCACAAAGAGAUUUCAUAAACAUUUUUUAAAAAUGUCAUUUUCAUAGAUUUAGGAAGUUGUGGGGAAGUCUGGGAAGAAUUCCCUCUUUAAUGCUAUGAAAUGCUGGUUACUCUGUUUACCUUAACUUCUGAGCUAACGUAUUAUUGUUAUUAGACUUUACAUUUACAGUCUUAUCUCUGUGUUGUAUGUCUGGUUGUUCCAGAAGUAAAAAAAAAAAAAAAAAUAGUCGUCGUAACACAAAAGUGUCUUUUUCCCGCCGUAAAUCCGUCCCAGCCUUUGAACGGCAGAAAGUCAAAGUUGUCUCUGCUUGGUGAUUUGUGUUCGACUAUAAUGUAAUGAGAUAUAUUUCCCUUCAUACACAUCAGCACUGCUGGGAGUCAUCAUUUAUGAAGCAGCUUCACACAGCCGAGGCCUGUGUGUCCAAGAUCUGACGAUUUGUGUGAAAUAUUGCUAGACGGGAACACAUUGUCCCAAAUGUCAGGAGAAUCCUGCAUGGAUCAACCCUGUUGGGUUUCUAACAAGCAGGAACUGGACAGAUUUGAGCACUUUCAGAGCACAACUCCAAUCCGGGACGCUGCAUUUGUCGAGUUUGAUCACAUUUCAAGAGUAGCUCAUGGCAAGAAGCAUUAAAGAUGAAAAAAAAUCUGGAUUACAGCUGCUGUCUUUGGAUUAUACUGCAAUUGAUUAAAACACAACCCAAAAAAAUGGGAAAAAAUAAAAAAAAAUUAUAGUUUUGGAAAAUUUGAUGUGAAAUCUUUCUUUUUUAAUAUCCAGCAUGACUUAUAUUCAGAAAUGCUUUCAUUUCACCAAACAUUAAAAAGCAGAUUUGCCAUCUCCAGCAAACCUGCCUGUUUAAAUUCAAAUAAUAAAACGUCCGUCAUAUUUUACUGAUGUUAAACAGCUGGCCAAAUACACAAAAGUGAUGCUAGCUGCAGCCCGCCAGCCUCAGAUCCGUGUGACGUUUCAAGCAUGGUAAUAUUUAUAUCAGCUGUGCACUUUGUUUUCUCAUCAAGAUGCAUCAUUUUGCUGUGGAUACCUCUGCUCUGUUUCAGCCGCUUUAGUGAGUAAAAAAACACAAAAGUUCCUGUUCUGCUGUCUUCUAUAAGCAGAAAUAAAAGCAGUCCAGGAAAAAAAAAAAAACAGAGAGAUCGUCACAAAGUGUCCUCGUUUUCCAGAUCGACACUUGUAAGCAGAUCAAACGUCAAUGUUCCACACAAAAAAUACAGUUUACGGGAUUUUAUUUUACUAUAAAGACUAGAAAGAAUUAUUACGGAGUCCCCAAAGGGAACAUAGACGUAAAGAAAAGUUAGUCCUGGUUUGUUGUGCUCGUGAGAAAGUAUCUGGUCGUUUCUCGAGCACACAACUCAGUUUCCUGUGUAUGCACCAGUUAUUUUCUUGUGUGCGUGAGAAACCAAUUCUAAUAUUUUUUACUUGUAUGUUUCCGUCAGGAGCUCUGUAAAUUCCUGUACAUAGCAUUAAUAAAAUAUUUUACCGCUAUAACCUGCUGAAUGUAGUGUGGAUAGUUUAGACUUGACGUAGUUGUAAACAUUUGUACUAAAUAACAAAUUUCCAGUUUACAGUGGUUGCGUUUCACCUUUUGGAGAGAAUGUUAUCUAAAGCUUGUGUCUUUUUUAGGCAGUACAAAGUAAGGAUUUAUUGUACAACUGCAACUAACUGCAUCUUUUACUAUUUAAUGUCUAACUUUUCCCCCCAAAAACUGUCUAUAAUGAGGAUUUCUUUGCCUUUCUUUAACUCAACUACGUUCACUUAUUUGUGCAGCUGCCACAUCGAUGGUAAGUGUCAAUAAAAAUACACGCCUGUUUUCUUUCUUGAUUCGAUUUGAAAUAACAAUCCCUAAUGUGAAUAAUAAAUGCUUGUAGAUGCAGAACAUAAACACAUUAUAUUAGUGUUUUUAUUAUCCUGUAUAUUAUUACAAAACUUGUUAUAUAUUGCAAUAUCUGCUUGUGCUACGAUAGACACUGUAAUAUUUGUAAUAAUCUUGCUGCUGAAGUCGUACGCUUUGGGGGCUUAAUGGACGGAGAUCAACUUUCAACUCCAACUGAAGUUUAGUAAAAGCAACAAACAGCAGACUCUUUUGGGGGGAAAAAACUGUAAGCAAGCUUCUUUAAUCUGCACGAUCUUUAUUGUGUAAUAUUUGUGGCAUUACUAAACUUUUUCACUUUGCUAAAAUUAAAAUAAUAUGAACUUGAUGGUUUCCACCAAUUUCUGAGUCUCUGAAAGUUUUGAUCUUGUUUGUUUCUUAAUAUUUGCUUCUUGAAUGACUUCAUUUCUGCUGUCUUAGUGUUGUUUCUCUACGAAAAUGCAAGGAGUGAAGUUACUGAGCAUUGUGAAAGGUCUGCACUGCUGUCCACAUUCAGAAAUGCAUAAUAAAAGUGUACUAAUGGA